UUUCCUUUUCCAUCCCCCGUAUAUAUGGGCCCAGAGGAUGUGUCUGGGUAUUGUGCAGACACACAGCUAGCAGCUGAAUCUGCACAGCUCUGAACAACUGGAUUUCAUUCAAACUCAAGCAGGGGUGAAGCAACAUCUCCUUCUGACAGAGACCCACACUGGCUGCUGGCACCAUGACCUCAGUAAAUAGGCCAGCUUGGGUUCAGAGGUGGCAACGGGGAGCUGUGUCCCCUGGGACCAGCGUGGAGGGGACAGAAGUGAUACAGAUUGAUCACAAGGAUCAGAGCUGAGGAUCCAGCCCCUACCCACUUGAAGAAUUCCUACUGCCCAUCUUCGAGUGUCCGGGAGCAGGAGAAGGGAACCUCUCCACAUGAGAGCAAGAGGUUUCUUGAGGAGGUCACUGAGUACUUCCGGAGCACAGUGAGCAGGCAGGAACUGAACCUCCUGCUGACCAACCACAAAACUUGGGAGAGAUUUGUGGCUGAGGACAGUUUGUCCAGCUAUGAGGCAGGUAUACUACAUGAAGCUCCGGAUAAACUGAAAACAGACAUGGCCAUGCAGGAUACGGACAUGCCCCUGGAAACAUGUCUGAAGAGGCAGGAGUUUCUGGAAGCAUUUCAUCGAUUAAAACUGUAUCAGGAUGUGUACAUACGUGAGCUCUAUGCACUUGCAGACAAGGUUGACAAGGUCCACAGGGACUGCACCAUCGCCAACGUGGUGACUGCGUCCACCGGCACUGUGUCUGGCAUCCUGUCUAUCGUUGCCUUGGCUCUGGCCCCCGUGACAGCAGGGGUCAGUGUGGUACUCUGGGCAACUGGGAUAGGGCUGGGAAUAGCCACAACUGUCACUGGAGUGUCCACUAGCAUCGUGGACUGUGUAAGCAAGUCAUCAGCAAAAGCUAAAGCCAGAUGUCUGGUACCGACUCACGUUGACUUAGAGGAGGCCAUAUGUCAGGACCUUAUUUCCAUAAUAAAGAUUUACGUCGAAGGCCUGCAGCGUACCAUGCGGAUGGACCAUGCCAUCAAGCUGACCAAAGCCUCCUUCACAGCCCCAGCCAAGAGUGUCAUGACCACUGCGAGAAUCCCGCUCCAAAGCAGUGGGCCGGUGAAAACAGCUUUAGGAGGUGCUGCUCUGACAGUGUCCAGGGGAGCCCAGAUCGCAGGUAUAACCACUUCUGCCAUCUCCACUGUGUGUAACGUGGUCAGCCUUGUGAAAGAGUCGAAGCACUUGCACGAGGGGGCAAAAACACAAGUGGCUGAGGAGCUGAGGCAGCAGGCCCGGAAGCUGGAGAGGAAGUUGCAGGAGCUCCUCGGGAUCUAUGAGAGUCUGUCCACAGGAGGGCCUGACUCCGUGACCGCUGCGGCGGGGCGGGAAGCGCGGCUGUAGGUGGGACAGAGCAGAACGGAUAUGUGAAUAUAUUAAAUAAUAAAAGGGACUUUGCAGAAGUGCUUCAGUAAGGAUCUUGAGAUGAGGAGAUUAUCUGGGUGAACCCAAUGAGAUCACAAGGGUCCUUAUAAGGGGGAGGCAGGGAGGGUCAGAAGGAGGAAGAGGAGUGUGACAGCAGACGCAGAGAGAGAGAGAGAUUAGAGCAUGCUACGCUACUGGCUGUGAAGCUGGAGGAAGGAGCCAAGGGGAGCGGGCGGCCUCUUGAAGCUGGAAAAGGCAAGGAAGUAUUCCCCCCCAGGGCCCCCAGAAGGAACGCCGCCCUCUGACACCUUGAGUUUUGGAUCUGACCACCAGAACUGUAAGAAUAAAUUUGGAUUAUUUCAA